CACCCCGCAGGUUGACGUUGCUGCCUUCUCCAACCUUCACCUUCACGCACUGGUGAACAUCAAAGGAUGGCGCCCCUUUCUGCGGGCUCAUUUCACGUCUUGGUGGCCAAGAACCUCAAGGUCCUUCGGCUCGCCAUCAAACAUACGUCCAAGCUUAUUCAAAACCAAGUGUAUGCAUCUGUACGACCUGCGUCCGAAUUGCAACCUGCGUUCGCCCGUCUUGCACCGCGUCAGCCCAUUCACCCAGCGGCUUUCCUUAAGCAGAGUAAACGAUGGUUUUCCAAUCAGGCGUUUAAGACAAUUGCUCGCGAGUUCAGUUCGGGAGCGAAGAACAUCAAAUAUAACCGUGCCUCAUUCCCCAAGUCACGUACCGGCAAUGCUGUCAACUCUUCCACCGGCCGGGCCCCCUUCGCGCACACACUCCGUCCUAAUUUAACCGGUGGCACUCUUGGCCGUACCGCAGGCGGGUACGCCGCUGGAGGUGGACGUAUCGGCGGUGCAAGAUACUUCUCGCAUGGACCUGCAGCACCAGCACAGGUCGUUCAAAAUGUCAAUCAAGCAAUCCGUGCAUUCAUGAUUGGCGGCAAGAAGGCACAAUUUUCCGGCGUCAAUCCAUAUACCGGCGAAAAGCGAUAUCGUGAAGUCACUGAGCUUCAAAGCGAGGCGUCGAAGAAAAUAUCCGCCAUUCCAAAGGCCACGCCUGGAUCAUACAUCGAUUUUGCCGUUAAUCCAACGAUCACUGCCCUCACACCGUUUGGCACCGUCUCCGGUUUUCAGGAGACUGAACAUCCAAAAAUGGACCAUCUGAACACUGAGGGCCUUCUUGACGUCUUGUCUAUUGACUUUUCGCGUGCUUUGAAGGACCUUGCCAUGAUUCUCAGUGACCUGAAGAAGCUGUCGACUCUGGGUGACCUGCCGAUCACAUAUCAAAAUUCCUGCCUUCGGGUGCAUUUCCCUGGCUGCGACGCAGACACUGUUGAACGACUGGCGCUCGAACUAGGUCUACAGCGUGGCAUCAUCAAGCAGGAUCCCGAUUUCGAUGCAUACAAUGGAACCGAAAUCGCUCUUUUGUUUCCAUAUGCUCCUAGUAAGAGCCCAUCCGAGUGCUCUUUUUUUGAGAAACCGGUGAUGCAUCGUAAAGUCGACAAGCUCUGGUGGGAUGACCCCGCCGUCAUACAAGAAACCCCCCCGUCUCCGGUUCUCGGCAACUUACCUACGCCCGAUUUUUCAGCUAUGUCUGAUGUUGGCCUUGAGCUUGAGGGUAUUCCGGACGACAUUCUCAGUGGCAAUCCUUGGGUAUCGUCUCCUAGCGGCUACGAGACCAUUCGAAGCAGUGAACUUGACUCUCCAAGGCUGCAUGGGAAGGAGAGAUCGGGCGCGUCGACACCGUUGGAAUAUCAAGGUAUCGAGGGAAUUUAUCAUUUUAUGCAGCAAUUAGAUGCCGCCGAGCGAAGGGGUUUAUCAGCGUGACUUGCUUUGGCCUCGUGAGAUUGCUGAUUUUAACAUUUAGCGUGGAUUACUUGAUCUCAUCGAUGUAGCAACAGAUCAUGACUAUCAAUCACUCAGUUGUGAUCAAAUCUCCUAUGUAUUAUUAAGGAAAGUCGUCAUUCUCUCUGCAAAUUAUAUCGUUACAACAA